UUUUAGCAAUUGGAGGAUCGUAAUUUUUGGAGUUGAUCGUCGUUCCCAGUUAUAGCUGAAGCUGAUUUUGAUCGAAAGUAUGAUGCGGAAAGAGAUUGAUAAGAGUUCAGAGGAAUGGAAAUCAUCAACAAAGCGCGAAACUCUUCUAGGAAUGGAGCAGGAAUUGAGGAAUCUCAUAGAAACAGCACCACCCGAUCAGAAAGAGGCUGUACAAAAAGAACUGGGUUAUUUUCGAACUUUGUUUUCACGUUUUCUGCAUGCUAAAACCACUAUUGAAUGGAAAAAAAUUCAGCCGCUGCCCGAUAAUGCGAUUAUACCCUAUAAAGAGUUGAAGCUGCAUGAUCCAAGCAAAGAUCUAGUAUCAGAUCGUUUGAGCAAACUAGUAGUUGUAAAGUUAAAUGGUGGUUUGGGCACAUCGAUGGGUUGCAAAGGUCCGAAGUCUAUGAUUUCAGUUCGAAACGAUCUGACAUUUCUCGACUUGACAUUGCAACAAAUUCAGGUUUGGCCAGAUUUGCUAAUAUAA